AUGGUCGGAUUGGGAGCUGUACCUGCCAUAGUCCUGGCUAUUUGUCUUCGCUUUUGUCCCGAGUCACCACGACAGCUAAUAUUCCAUGGCAAAACAGAGGAAGCAGCCCGAGUGCUCUCGAAGAUUUUCCCAAAUGCAACAGAAAUCCAGGUCCAGGAGAAAGUGCAACAUCUAACAAUCCAUAUUGAGGAAGCUCUAGCAAUGACAGACCAGGGCGGCAUCUGGCGCCAAAUGAAAAUGCUGUACACUGUUCCUAGCAACUUCAGAGCAUUGCUUGUUGCCUGUGGACUAAUGGCCAUGCAACAAUUCACAGGUUACAAUACACUGAUGUACUACUCCAGUACGCUCUUUGGACUGGUUGGGUUUGGGAACCCGAUUGCCGUUGGAACAAUCAUAGCAGGGACUGGAUUCGGGUGCACUUUGAUAUAUUUUGUUAUCAUUGAUCGAUUUGGAAGACGAUUUAUCCUCCUGUCCACCAUGUGGGGCAUGGCAUUGUUCCUCGCUCUUGUCGCUGUUGGGUUUCACUGGAUUCCGGUCAAGCAUGACCUGACACUGGACAAAAGUUUCGUUGGAUGGUCCGGCUACCUGGUUCUGGCCGCUAUGAUCAUAUUUGUGGUAUUUUAUUCCUUGGGAAUUGGUAACCUGGCCUGGGUUUCCAGCGAAUUCUUCCCGAUCGAGAUACGUGCGCUUGGGACCAUGAUGAUGACAUGCACUUGUUGGGGUGGGAAUAUCGUGGUCGCUUCGACUUUCCUGACUCAGGUGGAGAAUACGACCCCGUCGGGAGCCUUCGGGUUCUACGCUGCUCUGUGCUUUAUUGGAUGGGUUGGAGUCUAUUUCUGCUACCCAGAGGUCAAAGGAAUGACAUUGGAGGAUAUCAGAGAAAUCUUCAACCAUGGCUUCGGCGUGAAGUAUGCGCGCGGUGUGCAGAAGGAGAUGAAACGACAGAAAGCCGAGUCGAAUGGAAUUCAAGCAUGA